UCGAGAAUAUGAAAACCCUAUAAAAGAAAAAGAAAAAUAAGGGAGAUACAGGACAGAGAAGAGAGGUCAACCCAUCGUUUUCAAAGUCCCCAUAAUUGUUUCCAUUUGGACUCCUCAUGAUAUCUGGUGUAAAUAUAUAAUGGUAUUAGUCAGCACUUGAUAACGAGAAUGAUAAUGAUAACAAUACUGAUGAUGGAAGAUGGAUAUAUGCGUCCCAUCCCACCACAUGGAAUAUAAAAUCUCCUCCACAUUUAACGACCAAGAUAGAACCAAGACAAGUCUGUGAUACGUGCUUUAAUAGCAUGUAGAUCACAACACCUUAACAUGGCAACCAUUGGUAUCUUCAGACUAGUUCCCUCCUUGUCAUUGGGUAGGCCUUUGUACACAUCAUCAUCUCUCUCAGCUCGUGGAAUUGAGAGAACUCUGAAAAGCUUGAAUAUAGGAAAUGAUGUUGAAGAUUUGAGUAUCGAAGAAAUUGACAACAUAACAAAUAUAGAUCAAAGGAAAUUGGAAAAAUUUUCUCAGCAAAUUGAAAGAGAUGCAGAUGUACACCAGAGGCACAUUCGCCAAAAGACAAUCGAGCAGAAGUACUUCAGAAAUAAAGGACCAGAGGAGCAGAACCUGCUAACGUGGGCCAUGAAGGAGCAGCUGCGUUAUUUACAUUCAACGGAUCCUGACAUGUGGACGCCAGAAGCCUUGUCAGUGGCUUUCCCAAUCUCUGAAAGUGGAGUCAAGAAGCUCCUAAAAGCAAAAUGGUUCCCAAGAGAUGAAGCAGCCAUAGAGAAACACGAUCGAAGUGUUCUUGCCACUUGGAAAAAGUAUACCAAAGGUCAUCUCGGAAGCUCACAACUCCUGAAGGAAAUGCUGAACAAAAAGUAUGGAGUGACAAGUGAGCGACUUCCCCAACCAGUCAACCAAGAGGACAUACUCUCUACCUUGGAGUCACUUCGUUAUGAACAUGAGGAAGAGCCAUACAUUGCCAAAGGUCUGAGACCAAAGAACAAGCUACCUAAGAGACCUAAGAUGAAGGGCAACUCUUUCAACAGCAUCAUCAAGGAUUACGAAUCUCAGCUUCAGCAAAUCAAGAAGGAAAAGAAUGACGAAAAGCCACCUCAGGAAGCUGUUUCUCCGAGAUGCCGGGAUGUUGCCGAGAUUACAGCUGGGACGCCAAAGUACGAGGGACCUUAUCAAAAUGUUUCCGUUGCACCAGGACCCAGGCAGAGAGCGAAGGCCAAAACCAGGUCGAGAGAGAUAACUUUCACUGAAUUUAUGGAGCAGAGAAAGGGGUCUUGACUCUUUUUUUUUUUUUUUUUUUUGAUGUAGUAAGAUAUGUACAGUGUGCAAAAGUGUAAAUUGAUAAUUGUUUUGUAAAUAAAUAAGAUAAUUCAAUAUACAGACUGAUCAAUAAAAUUGAAUUGAUUA